AUGCUGUCUCUGCUCGCCACCCCCGCCUUUGCUGCCACCGGUCGCUUUUUGCUCAAGUCGCUCGUGAGUCUCAUUCUCUCUGCCAUGAUCGUGUGGGACCUGCCCUCGCUUGCCCGUGGCAUGCAGUCGCUGCAGACGUCCCGCUUCGCCCCCAUCUACGAUGAGCUCGCUCCUGUGGUGCUAACCUUUGGCCGCAUCUUCUGCCGAGCACUCGAGGCGCAGAGCCUGAUAGCAGUGGUGAACACAGCGCUCACCUUCCUGGGCAUGAUGCUGCUCAACAUCCACGGCCUCCUCGUGCUCUCCGCGGUCGUCUUUGUCUUCUCCUUCGUGCCUGUCGCCGGUGUCGUUAUUUCCACCGUCCCCAUGGGCCUCGUCGCUCUCUCCGAGGGCGGGGUGGUGAAGGUGGUACUGGUGGUGCUAAUGGUUGUACUCAUGCAUGCACUCGAGGCGUACAUCCUCAACCCUGCCAUCUACUCCGCCCAUCUGAAGCUGCACCCCAUCCUCACACUCGCAGUGCUGCUCAUAGCAGAGCAUGCCAUGGGCGUGUGGGGGCUGCUGGUCGCUGUACCCCUUACAAAGGCACAGCAGACGAUUCAACUUCGCCUGACCACCUGCCAGCAACUUGAGAGUGCAGCACAGCAUCUUGAGGUUAAUGCAUACGGUACCGUAUGCUUCCCCAUGUUCUCCGCUCAGCAACUGCCUGGCCCGGCCGAAUCCAUUCAUUCUAUUGCCAUGUGUGUCGCAUGA